AUGCAAACCGUGUGGAAUUUUUCUCGCUCAGAGCUAAUGAAUGGAAAGAAUUUGAGGUCAUAUUUGAACUCCUUUAAUGAUAUCAAAGCUGGGUUGCUCUUCAACGGUGCUCUUCAUUGGCUGACUAGUCGUUAUGAUUUAGGAAAAAAUGUUCUUGUCUUUGAUUUAACAAAAAGGAAUUUUUCAGAGAUACCUCUUCCGCUUGAAUUUGAGUGGGACUAUAACACUUGUGAUUUGGUGUUACAUGGAAAAAUUCCCAGUCUAUGUAUUUUAGGUUGUUGCUCUCCAGCAGAAUUAUGGGUGAUGGAAGAAUACAAAGUGGAGUCAUCUUGGACUAAGACUAUUGUUGUGUCUGUUGAUGACAUUCCCACUAAAUACUUCUCUCCAAUUUGCUCUACAAAAUGUAGUGAUAUUGUUGGAAUAGAUGGGAGUACUGGAUUGGCAAAAUAUAGUGACAAGGGACAGCUGCAAGAACAUAGAUAUUGGAGCAGUUCAUAUCGAUCCGAGGUGGCUGUGUAUAAGGAGACUCUAGUUAGACUCCAGUCAGAGCGUCGAUCCUGUUUCAGUCCAUAUAGAUUGCAGGUGGCUGUGUAUGUAGAGUCUCUGCUUUCACUCCCCUAUGACAGCCAGCAUGCUGAAGAAGAUGACUGA